CGUGCACUUGAAGGGCUUGAUUGUCUCAACAUACAUAAGUUCUAUCGAUUUAGAGCAAUCAAACUUCAGGAUUGGGUAAAAGAGAAAUGUAGUAAUCCUGAAAAGCAUUCAUGGGAUAUUCAAACUUUACGAGAUGGCUUAUUAGUAUCUUUGGAAAAAUGGAAGGUUAAGCUAACCAAUAAAGGUGACAAUUGUUUAUUUGAACAAAAUAAUGAGGAUGAACCACCAUGGUUACCAUCUUUUUACUCUUAUUAUUCAGCAUUCAGAAAUGGGAAGCGGCAUAUUGAAUGGCGUCCUGAUAUCUUUAUGGUUGAUGAUGCAGGUAAGGAAAUUAAGGCAGUUGAAGAAUAUUUUCCAGACAGUUCGCUAAUGAAAACAGAAGGGUGGAAUGAUAUAGAAGCUCAGGAACAACUAAUAAAAAUGAUAUGCGUUAGAGGUAUUGCUAGAGAUAUGAUUAACACUAAUAAUUUGAUUAAGGCUUUUCAUCAUAAAUUGAAGUAUACAUAUAUGAGAAGACGUCCAGGAUGUCAGCUUGAUGGAGAAGUUUAUAUCCUUGUAGAAAUUCCAGAUGUUUGGAUCAUUCAUUUUAUAACAAAUGACGAUGUUGAAUAUACUGUUCAGAAGAAAGAUUCUAAUAAAAAUGAAUUAGAUACUAAGCUAAUUUAUAUUCAUGAUGAUAAUAUUCAAAAACAACCAUUUUCAGUUUUAGGAUCACCCAUUUCUUCUGAUGAUAUUGGUUCUGUUCAAAAAUUCAAUGAUAAUAAAAAUAACGAAAUGUUAAAAUUACAAGAAGACUUUGCUAUGAUUACUGCAGAAUGGCAAAAUAAAAAGAUCCAAGAUAUUUGCAGUUUGCGAACAACUCUAAUGAAUGCUGCUCAAAUAGAAAGAACACGAAUUGCAAAAGUUGAUAUUGUGCCACAAGUUAAUAAUGAUGAUAAGCCAAGAAUCUUUUCAAAU